AUGGCUACCGAGCCCGAGACCCCUGAGACCGCCUUGGCUGCGGAGCCCGCGGUGCCCUCGCUUCUGGAUCGUUACUUCACUAGCUGGUACGAAGCGGAUGUCAAAGGAAAACCCUGUGAGGACCACUGUAUACUACAACACUCUAACCGGAGUUUGGUUGACAAGAAUGAGUCUUUCAGUGCCUACUCUAAACAAAUAAACUUGAUGACCCAAACAUCCAAAUGGAGGUCCACACCCUCAGUCGGCUGCUACCUCAAAUUUUCCUACCCUUUUGAAAUCUUUACACUUGGCUAUGUGCAGCUUUCUCAUGGGGCACAGUUUCUAACAGAACUUGCACCUCUGUGUAAGAUUUACUGCUCUGAUGGAGAAGAAUACACCAUGUCUACCUGUGUUAGAGGACAGUUGAUGGAAGUGAAUGAAAGCAUUCUCCAUAAGCCAUCUAUUCUUCAAGAGAAGCCAUCCACCGAAGGCUACACUGCAGUUGUGUUGCCCAAGUUUGAAGAAAGUAAAAGCAUAACAGAAGGGUUACUGACACAAAAACAGUAUGAAGAAGUCGUGGUGAAAUGCAUCAAUGCCACAACAGCUACCUCAUGA